CUUCGGUAAAUGGGAAAAAGAAGGAACCCUAGUCCUUGUGGCCUUGAAAUCUGAAAAGUGAAAACAAUCUCCGCUCCCAAAGUCUCGAUCCUCCACAGUUCAUCAGAUAAAAUCCCCUAGAAGCCCAUCAAGUCGGUGUGAUCAUCACCGCCGAUUUCUUCCGAACACGAACCGGACGCCGCUGCUGUGCGUCCUGUCCUUGCUUGAAAACUGUUCAACUCUGCCGGAGUCCGUGCAUAUCCCCGUCGAUUCUCGAGGUAUCCCGGCUGUAUUCGAGGUCCUUGUUAUCGUUUCACGCGACGUCAACGUUGAAGAGGAUUCUGGACGAAGAGGACAGCAGCCGCCACGUCUAUGUUGAAGCAGCGAAGAUCUGAAAAGAAUCUGGUGUAUGCUUUGUAGAUAAUUUUGGGAGCGUACGGCGUAAGCUUUUCCCGAAUUCCCGGAAGCGUACAGCGGAAGAAGAACCGGCGUACGGCGUAAGCUUUAGGCCUCAUUUUCCACCUCUCCAUCUGACAGGCCCAUUUGGUAGUGACCCAGCCCAAUAUUUUGGGCGGGAAUUCCUAAAAAAACUUCAAAACAAUUAAACAACUUUUAAAAACUUCUGGUGAGAUUCUGCAUCCUUAACCGGAAGAUAGCUCCUCAAAUCUAGCGAGUGUAAUGGCGGCAAUCAACGAAAUUGUGUCGCCGGAGCAAGAGGCACAACGGACAGACGACGGCUUCGUGUGGGAUCACUGGGUUCUACCAUGAUCCUCAAGCGGGAUGGUAUUACAGUAGUAGAGACGGCCUAUAUUACAAGUUUGAAAUGGGGAGAUAUACUUUGAUAGAGUCUGAUCAGGCUGAUGAGUCUCAAAGGAGUACUUCUGAUGCUACUGCUGCUAAUGUUGCCAUCCACGAUGAUCCACAUACAUGUGCCAAUAGUCACAAGGAAGAGGAGUUUGCAUCAUUGCAUGAAUUUGGUCCUAAAGAAGCAGGACCGAUUAGUAAUGAAAGUUCUGAAGUGGUGCAGACAAGAUGUUUUCUGAUGUGCCUUAAUCUUUUAAGGUACAACAUAUAUAAUAGUGAAUCGGCUUCACCCGUCAUUUCCUUGGCACUUUAUGUUGUUCAUGCUAUCCAUGUUUUACGUAGUAUUUCAUAGAACGUGUUUGUUACUCUUGUUUUCGAAGUCAUUUACGUGGAACUUAAUAAAUUUAGUCUAACUCACCCCAAAAGAAUACUCAAAAGGUGAGAUUUACCUCAAACUCGUAUACACACAAUGCCUUAGCUCAAACUGAGCUAAGUAACUAAAAGGGUGGAGGAUGGACAAAUAGGCAAAAUCAUCCGUAAACAGGUUGCCCAAACGGUGAGUGACAAACGAAACCACUAUCGAAUCAGGUUCAUAUACCAUGUUAAAUUUUGUCUAGUUCACCCAAAAUAAUUCUCAAAAAGUGAGGUUUACCUUCCACAUUUAUAUUAGACUCAAAUUUGAUAAACAUCGACACUUAACAAAACUAAGCGCUUAUUUUGUUCCAUCAUAUAAUUGUAUUUUCAGCACCUGACCUUCUGGAUCUUGGAGUUAAUCCUUUCCUUUUUAAUUCUUAAUGAACUGGCUGCCAAUGGAGCUAAAAUAGUCGUAUUUGACCAAUGUUUUAGCUUCAGGUAAAUAAUGGACUAAAUCAAAAUGACACAUAAAAACUUCCCUUGCAUCUUGCUUUAUCUAAAGUCCUGGUUAGUAUAUGCAGCAAUGCAUCAGAGGUCUAAUGUAAGCAGCCUUGCUGUUUUCCAAAGGUGCAUACAUAUUGACCCCUAGACCCCAAUUGAGUUGGGAUUAUACCGGCUUUGUUAUUAUUGGCUGUGAUUUAAUGGUAUUAGUAUGUUUUUUUGCUUUUUUUUGGAUUUAUAUGAAGAUCAUAAAGGUGGUAUUGAAAAUGAGCUGCUAGAAAAUCCACCACCUUCCGAGUGGCUUGAAGACACACUGAUUGAUCUGUACCUUUCAAAUUAUCCCAAUCAGUCAACACAUGCUAUAUCUGACUCAAUGGCACGUGUGGAAAAUAAUGGCUUAGAUGGCUUAAAUGUAUCAACAGCUGAAAAUGAUGACAUUUAUGAACUUGAGGAAGGUGAAUGGAUCCCAGAUGACCAUCUAGUUUGUUCUUCAAAUGAAAAUGUGUUGGACUACUUAGAUGAAGGUCCUUCUUUAGAUGAAGAAAAAUGGCAAGCUCAGUAUGGUCAAGUUAUUCGACCAGAAGAAGAUUCAUUUCUUUCAAAUGUACAUGUGAUCAAUUUGUGGGACUGGUCACUGGUAAAAGGGAGAAGGAAAAAGAAAGAGAAAAAACAUAAGGUGACCAUGCUUGUUGGGCAAUUAAUAAAACGCUCUGCCCAGCUGCAUCCAUCUAUGCCUUCCAGCAGUGGGCUUCUCAGAACUGCUCCUAUUUGUGAAGUUCAUCUUGAUCUGGUACGAGUCAGAUCAGGCACUAUAUAUAGACUGCGGAAUCCAAGCUCACAAUAUUUGGCUUCUUUAUCUACCUAUGAUUCCUCAAACCCAACAAAAGGUUGGCGCUUUCCUCAAAUGUUGUUGGAUAGGCUAGUCAAGGAAGAUACGGCUUCUAGUCUGGGAGAUGACUUCAAAGUUCCUAGGGUUAUUGUUGGUCAGAAGGAUACAUGUUUGCCAUCUGAGCAGAUCAGUGCAUUUAAUAAGGGCAGAGGUCGUGUGUAUAGAGAUAGAGCUGCAGAGAGGCGAGCUUUACAUAAUGGGAUCGGGGUAGGUCUGGGACAAAAGAAGUCAUUUGAUUCUGAUCCACACCCUUCCACCACAUCAGCUUCUCCAGAGGAAGCAAUGGCUGAAUCCCUGAACAGGUCAUUUGGAACAGGAAGCUAUGCCAGAAAAAUUCUUGAAAACAUGGGCUGGAAAGAGGGAGACGCACUUGGCAGCCGCAAGGAUGGAUUAAUUGAACCAUUGCAAGCAAAUGGGAACAUAGGAAACGCCGGGUUAGGAUGGAAUCACAGCAGAGGAAGAUACACUUCUUGAAGUACCCCAUCUCUGAAAACAACAUGCCUUUUUGGUGUCCACAUUUUUUUGUCUGUUGGAAAACUUGCCGAAUCUCAACUUCUAUAUAACUGACUGAGCCUAGCUCAUCACACACUUGUUUAUUUGAAUGUAAAAAUAAACAUGGAAAAGAAUG